AUGGAGAUCAACGUUUCAGAGGAGCUCUGGUCUUCCCGUCGCUUUCACAAUCAGGAGGACACAUCCGACUUCUCGGAGACGAGUGGCGUGUCGUCGUAUCUGCUAAUCUCGGAGGGUAUGGGUCUUGGAACCUUUGCAUCCGGGGUCUAUGCUGCUCUCUCUGGUUAUGUUGGCGAGUCUGGAGCAUACCCGCUGAACCUUAUGCAUUUCGUGACGAGCUCACGUGGAACAGGGUUCCAAACUUCAGAAAUUUCUGAGAUUCACACCUGCAGCGUCUACGAAGCGAGACCUCCGGCUGCGGCCGGAGACGAUUCUGAGGCUUCUGACGGCAGUGAUGACGGUGAUGAUGGGUCUGACACGGAAACCGAUGUCAAUACCACUACGACAGCGCCGGCGCUUUACCAGCCUCCUACGGAGGUUUUUUGUGGCCGGGAGCUUGCAACCAGCCCCAGCAGGGUGAAGCUGAACAUUUACGGAUAUACCUGGGGGAGCAAGUGGGCAACUGACACCGGCGGCCAGCAGUAUUUCUUCUACCGUGUGCGCCUUUGCUUUAGCAGGAUCCAAGACUGGUACAUCAAUCAAGCACACCGUGGGGAAGGCAUACUGGGCACUGGGCAGGAAGUGGAGGUUUUGGAUUUUCAGCAGGAGCUCGCACCAGUGGACGUGCAGCCGCAGGCACACAUGGAAGCACGGACCAUGCACAUGAGACUGCCGUGGCAAGCAUGUGAGGGUGGUGGAACCUUCGGCUACUGGUUUCCAAAGUUCUACUGGACAGGCAACCACUUGAACUGCACCUUCGCGGAUCUUAUGUGGGACCUCCCGAAAUGGGCUUGCCCCCUGGGCCAGUUCGGAGCUGUCCGCGUCACCGCGAGCCAUGCAGGAGAUAGCUGCGACGGAGAGGGAACCGAUGGCGUGGUGUUGAACAUAGGCUUUGACUUGGACCACGUCGGGACAAAGGACAGGUGGUUCAUGUACAGCAUGGAGGUGAACCUGACCGGCUCCGUGACCUUUGCCGUGGUCGGUGCUUCGCCUCGCUUGAGGCCGCUGAUGCUUGCCCCUUUGUACCUUGUCCUCUUGUUCCGCAAGCUCUGA